AUGGAAGAAGAUUUAAUGAAUGUUGAUUUGUACGGAGAGCUUGAAAUUGAGUCCUCUGCAACUGAAAAAGAGAUAAAAACAGCUUACCGUAAAAAAGCGCUAUCAUGUCACCCGGACAAAAAUCCAAACAAUCCAUCAGCAGCAAAGUCAUUCCAUCGACUGUCAAGAAUUUUGGAAAUUUUGAUUGACAAAUCAGCCAGGGCAGCGUAUGACAGAAUAUUAAACGCGAAAAUUCAGGCAAAGCUAAACAAUGCAAAGCUUGACUCAAAGCGCAGAAAAUUAAAAGAAGACUUGGAAGCUCGUGAAGAAGCUUAUCGACUGUCGCAGUUGAACAAGCAGCAGAGUUUCAAGACAGAUGAGGAAGUUUUCAAAGCUGAAGUUGAGAGAUUGAAAAAAGAGGGCUCGAGACAAGUUCAGGAGGAGAUUGACUUGAUGAACAAGCAAAUUUACGAGCAAGUUCAUGGAAGUAAGACUGUGGGUGUUAAUGAUACCAGAGUUAAUAUCAGGUGGAAGGCUGAAAAAAAUGAUCCUGAUAAUGGACGCGCACUAGCUGAGUUCAAGGACAGCGAAGCAGCUAAAAUGGCAGUUCAAAUAGAAACAGGAUACACGAAAAAUCCCCUGACUCUCAGUGGCCUCUGGGAGUCUAAAUCCAAUAAUUCCUCCCCAGCUGAUUCAUCAACUACAAAUUCAUCUAUCAGACAGCGACCAACUUCUCAGCCAAGCUCCGCGCUGAGUUUCUCUUCAGCUCCGGAUAUUUUCACAAAAUUAGAUGCUGAUUUUGAAAAUUCAGUUUUAAAUAAUUUAAAACGAGCUGAAGAGCGCAAGCGGAUGAUGGACCAGAUGAAGGACGACGACUCUUGA